AUGCACACCACCUCUUCGAACACGAACAAACUCGGCGUCUACGCCCUCGGCUCCAACUCCUCGGGCCAACUGGGCGUAGGGCACGCAGAGGACGUGCGAUCAACCCCCCAGAGAUGUAUUUUUGCGGUUGAGGCCGAGGCGGAUGGCGAGGGAUCAGCCGAUCGAGGAGCCCGUGGCGCCGGCGUAUCACCCGCACGACCACCUCCGCUACGACGCGCCCACCAGGAUCGAGACCUCGAUCCCUCACUAGUAGGUCAUAUCACGAAGAUCGUCGCGGGUGGGAACCACACGGUCGUGCUGACGGGUCGGGGCCGCGUGUUUGUUGCUGGACGGAGUGGGGGCGGGUUGCGCGGCGACGCCGGAGACAAUGUAUUCAAGGAGGUGACGAGGGAGGUUUUGGAGUUUUGUCCGCGCGGGGUUGGCGGUGAGGGUGGAGUUUACGACGAGUCCAUCACAGAUGUGGCUGCUUCGUGGGAUGUUUCGUUCGCCGUGGUGGGUGGGCGGGCGGUUGUCUGUUGGGGUGAAUUCGGCGGGACUUGUGGUAUUACGGCUCCUACCACUUCACCGACCACCACUACUCUUUCGACAGCGUCAGCAACUGGCACACAGCAGAUGUGGACGAGUUUUGUCCUAGACCAUACGGGAAGCAGGGUGGACGUCACCAUCACAGCCAUUGAGGCGGGCAUGGCGCAUGUCGUGGUUCUUCUGUCCAACGGUCAGGUCUACGGCUGGGGAGCUUCGCGGAAAGGACAGCUCGGCGAGCAAUAUCAGGGGCAGAAAAUUCUGCGGGAUGCGCGCAGGAUUGAUGUCGGGCCUGAAGGGAGACGACUACUGCCUUUUGCGCCGGAGAAGGUCAUCUUGGGAAGGGAAUACACCGUGUUCCUACGGCGAGACGAUAAGCUAGUCACUUGGGGUUCGAUGGCUGGGAACAGGGACGUGGACGCGGAGUGCUUGUUCGGCCAGGACGAUGUGGCUGUCUCGGGAUGGAGCUCUGUCCACGUAUUGUCCCGGUUGGGAGGAUCCCUGUCAACACUGGUCAAGAGUAUGGGCAAGAACAACCACGGGCAGUUUGCUCCAGCGAAUCUGCCGCCUAUACGGGCCAUAGCCGCCGGGAGCGAACACUGUGUAGCUCUUACACUGGAGGGACAGGUCAUUGCAUGGGGAUGGGGAGAGCAUGGGAACUGUGGAGAACAGGUCGAUGGCAAGGGGAAUGUAGUCGAUCGGUGGAAUGUGAUUCGUCUGCCUGGACUUGAUCAGCGUACCGUUGUGAGAGAUGUUGCUGCUGGGUGCGCCACGACGUUCGUGAUCUGUGGCGAAGAUGAUCGGUGA